ACCUGCCAGACGCAACCAGAAACGCAUUUCCUAGACGCAGCGACUGCGUGGACCCUGUACGCCUGGAAGAGUCUGUAGCGAGAUCGAGCCAGCACAAAGCGGAUGCUGAGCGCGCAGCAGUUGGCCCGGCGCGCGCUCUCCAUGGCGGCCGCGCGCGGCGCGUGUUUGGCGCGGGACGGCGCGGGACCGGCGGCCGGUGGGCCGGUGGAAGCCGCGAUCCGCGCCAAGCUGGAGCAAGCCCUGAGCCCCGAGGUCCUGGAGCUGCGCAACGAGAGCGGCGGCCACGCCGUCCCGGCGGGCAGCGAGACGCAUUUCAGGGUGGCGGUGGUGAGCUCUCGUUUCGAGGGGAUGAGCCCCUUGCAGCGGCACCGCCUGGUCCACGAGGCACUGGCGGAAGAACUGGCUGGGCAGGUACACGCGCUGGCCAUCCAGGCGAAAACUCCCGCCCAGUGGAGAGAGAACCCGCAGUUGGACAUUAGCCCCCCGUGCCUAGGUGGGAGCAAGAAAACUCGAGGGAGCUCUUAGUACCCGGACUGGGAGGGCGACGGACGAUCCAAACGGGUCGGACCGAGAAU